AUGCCCUCCGACGGCGAAGACGAAUACGUCCCGUGGGUCCAGCAGUUCUGCGAGUCGUUUGGCCACGACUACUUUGUCCCCGUGGCGCAAGAGUUCAUUGAGGACGACUUCAACUUGACCGGGUUGUCGCUGCAGGUGCCGUACUACCGCGAGGCGUUGUUGACGAUCCUCGACUACCAGGUGGAGACCGCCGACGACGACGACGACAAGAAGUUGCCCAACAAGGCGAUCCUCGCCCACCUGGCCGAGCUUUUGUACGGGCUCAUCCACGCCCGCUACAUCGUGCUGAAGCCGGGGCUCACGGCGAUGGCACUGAAGUUCGAGCGCAACGAGUUCGGCACCUGCCCCCGCUACUACUGCGACGGGAUGCACUUGAUCCCCGUGGGGCUGACCGACAUCCCGGGGCUGGAGACGGUGCGGUUGUACUGUCCCUGCUGCAACGACAUCUACAUCCCCCUGCUGCUGCGCUACCUAAAUAUCGACGGCGCCUUCUUCGGCACCACUUUCCCCGGGUUGCUCGUGAAAAUGUUCCCCGAGAUCGAAAACCAGUGCCGCUUGCGCAUCGAAAAGUUCAACCAGCACGACUUUGGCCUCAAGUUGUUUGGCUUCAAGAUCAACGAGUUGAGCGCGCUGGGGCUGCGGAUGAAGUGGUUGCGGAUGCACCUCAAGACCGACGCCGACCGCGUCGAGUACGACCAGUGUGAGCUCAAAAUCCCCCAGCUCGCCGCCAACGGCGACAGCAUAGACGACGGCGGCGACGGCGACGACAACGACGACGACGACAAGACGAUGGCCUCCGACUAA